ACACCUGCCACUUUCAACACGACCUGUAGACGUGCAGCGUACAGCUUUCGUGACAAGACGGCGAAUACAUUUUCUGUUUUGUAUUUAAAGUUGUAAAUGGGGGAGAUAAUGUCACGAAAAGAGCAAAACACCUCUUGACUUUUGUUGCCUUUAUCUCCUCAACUGUCCAGAUAAGAAAUUGAGAAGUAUCUGACUGGAAGCCAUAAAGGAAUCGCGUGCACAACCGGCACUUCUUAUCCCGACUUUUCUGAAUCACUGGCACGCCCCAAAAGUGGGAAUCCAAAGAGCUAUAAAAGCUUUAAAGGUUUUAUUUUGAAGCUUUUGGACGGAUUUCUUUGAAAGACGUGAAGGAAUGUAAGGAUAACAUCUUACCUGCGCCUGGAAGUCACCAAAUACACCGUGAGAAGACCCGCGAACACGGUUGCUUUCACAUGGGUCUUACUACAAGAAUUAUGGAGAUUAAACUUCUUCUUUUGCUCUGGGCUUUGUUUGUGUUUGACGUGACCGGCACACAUCGGCCUACUCCCAGAGUGCACCUGGCUUUUAGAGAACUUAUGGACACUCGCACUGCAAGGCCAUUCAGUUUCUCCUUCAACACCAGCGAUUACCGGAUCUUGCACGUGGAUCAGGACCAGGGCCGACUUUAUCUGGGCAGCCGCGAGUAUCUGGUCUCGUUGGACAUGCAAAACGUCAACAAAGAGCCUCUCAUUAUCCAUUGGCCGGCUCCCGCUCAGAGAAAAGCAGAGUGUCAGAUGACCGGGAAAGGCAGACAUGGUGAAUGUGCUAACUUUGUUCGUCUGAUUGAGCCGUGGAACAGGACUCACCUGUACGCGUGUGGCACAGGUGCUUAUAAACCCAUCUGUACCUUUAUCAACAGAGGCUGGAAAGCUGAGGACUACCUCUUCAGGCUGAUUCCUGGUUAUGUGGACUCUGGGAAGGGAAAAUGCUCGUAUGAUCCAAAUCAGGAGAACAUUGCAGCUUUGAUUAAUGGAAACCUGUAUGCUGGAGUUCCUGUGGAUUUUAUGAGCACAGAUCUGGGCAUUUUUAGGACCAUGGGAAGCCGGCCAGCUGUCAGAUCUGAACAGUACGAUUCUAAAUGGCUUAAUGAGCCUGUGUUUGUUCAGAUGAAACAGAUUCCUGACAGCUCGGAGAGGAACGAUGACAAACUCUAUUUCUUCUUCCGAGAAAAGAGUCUGGAUUCUGGUGGAAGCGCAAGUCCAAGUGUGUUGUCCAGAGUGGGCCGCGUUUGCCUGAAUGAUGAGGGUGGUCAGAAGUCUCUGGUGAACAAAUGGACGACAUUUCUAAAGGCCAAGCUGGUGUGCUCUGUAAUGGGAGAUGAUGGGGUGGAAACUUUCUUCGAUGAACUGAGGGACGUGUUUAUCCAGCCCACUCAAGAUGAGAGAAACCCUGUGGUUUAUGGCGUCUUUGCAACUUCUGGCUCUGUGUUUAAGGGUUCGGCUGUGUGUGUGUAUGCCAUGGCUGACAUCAGAAACGUCUUUAAUGGCCCGUUUGCCCAUAAACACGGACACAAUUACCAAUGGACAGUGUAUACAGGAAAGAUUCCUUAUCCCCGGCCUGGAACCUGUCCUGGAGGAACAUUUACACCUGGUUUACACUCCACGAAAGAGUUUUCAGAUGAAGCUGUUAACUUCAUUCGUGCACAUCCCCUCAUGUACCACCCUGUGUAUCCCAUUCACAAGCGCCCUCUGGUGAUGCGCUCGGGUGUGGACUAUCGUUUUACUACUAUUGCAGUGGACCAGGUGGAUGCAGUGGACGGGCGAUAUGAGGUUCUCUUUUUGGGAACAGAUCGUGGUACAGUCCAAAAAGUUAUAGUCUUGCCUAAGGACGCCACCACGAUGGAUGAGGUCACUUUAGAGGAAGUGGAAGUUUUCAGGACACCUGCGCCUAUCAAAACUAUGCAUAUAUCAGCCAAAAGACAACAACUCUAUGCAUCAUCUGAGGCAGGUCUUACCCAGAUAUCUUUGCACCGUUGUGAAGUGUAUGGUAAGGCCUGUUCAGACUGCUGCCUGGCCAGGGACCCAUACUGUGCCUGGGAUGGAGAAAACUGCUCUGCCUUUACACAAGCUACCAAAAGGAGAAGUAGAAGACAGGAUGUAAAACAUGGUGACCCGUUGCGUCAGUGCCGUGGAUACAACGCUAAAGUGGAAAGGAGACUGCAGGAGAAAGUUCAAUUUGGUGUGGAAGGCAGCAGCACGUUUCUGGAGUGCUCACCGCGCUCUCCACAGGCCUCCAUCAAAUGGCUCUACCAGAAAGAAGGAAGACGAAAAAUACUGAAUCGAGAAGGGGAAGUUCUCAAGACUCCACAAGGCAUUCUGAUGAAAUCUCUCACCAAAGCAGAUGGAGGACUCUACCACUGCUUAGCUACAGAAAAUAACUUCAAGCACACGCUGGCUCGCGUCUCCCUGCGCAUCUUAGACCGGGACAUAGCCGUAGCCCUUACCACCCCUGAUGAAGAGGAGGCGGCAACAAGGAGCAAAGCUCCAGAACCUCCUACCCCGAGCCUUCUCCUCGAGCCUGAAAUGCGUCUGUUUCAACAGUACUGUCAGUCCUACUGGGAGCAGCUGACAGCUGGUGGAAACUUGCAGGAUUAUAUUCCUAAACGCACAAGUCGCAGACACACAGAAGCACAGAAGGCUAGCGGGGGGUGAGAGGAGCGCCGGGGUUUGUUCGUUUUAUACACCUGCAUAGAUUCAUUCAUGUACUGUAUGUUCAUUCAUUCACACAUCAUAGAUCUAGAUCCUGGUCUGGGAUUCUUAUGGGUGUUAGUUGACUCUCACUGACUCUCAUUUCUCAGCUGUCACAGUGAUUUCAAUGCAAUUCAGUAUUAUAAAAGAGUGUGACCUACCUGAAAAAUACAGAUGAUGUUUAUGAUCUGGAAAAGGUGGUAGUUUUUGCAUCAGUAUCGUCACCAGAUGGAAUUACAAAAAAAGGAUGUUGCCAUAUUUGUUUCCUGAACACUUCCUCUGUCUGCUAUCAGUUGCACAAAAAGCAAGACCUAACUCAAACUUGCACCAUUAGUUAAGCCAACGUUGCUGGUUAAAUCUCUAACAGAUCAACAUUUUGUUAAGCACAUCAAACAUAGACAUAUUAAAUAAGCUUUGAAAAUCUUAUACUAAACUACCUUCUUCCUUGCUAACUUUAAUUUUUGGGCCAGUGCAAUUUUUGAGGUUUCAUCUGGAUUAUGAAAUUGAACGUAAUAUAUGUAUGUUUAAUAGUAAUAUAUGUAUGGAUUUUAAUUCAUGUAUCUUGAUGGGUUAAAAAUAGCACCGAACAUUUGCGAGAGCACUGUCCUCACCAUUUGUAAUGUAUAUUUAUUUGAAGUUGUGUAUAUAUUUUUGUUAAGGGAUGCUGGGUACAGGGUGGAGGGCAUUUCUGCAUGAUUGACAUGCUGUUGUAUUUAUUUCAAUGCAUUUAAAUGAUUGACAAUGUUUUGGAAAGCAUUUCAUGUCGUGAUGUACCAUCAUGCUUGACAGGUUGAGCAAUCACACUAAAAAUACGAACCCAAAAAUGGUCAUACAGUCACACUCUGAUAAUAUCUAAGACUGGGAAGUAAGCGCUGCACAUUUGUGUCUUUUUUACGAAUAGUAGAAUAGUAAAGUUGUGAAUUCAAAUCUUUUGUCAUGCCCUUGUUGUUAAUGUUGUUGUUGUUGUCAGAAAAAAAUGAAUAAAUGAACACAUUUGUGAGCAGUAGAUUUAUAUUCAGUUCAUAUAUAAAUAUAAACAUGAGUAUAUUUACAUGCCCAAUAUACAUUGUAUUUGUAAAUAUUGGAUACUGUUACAGAAUUCAUUUCCAUCAGUUCAAGCGUAUUAAAAAUCGUACACUUUUCUAAGCUAUCAGUGUGAUUUAUUGUGCAAUCUAGAGCUGUGUCCAUUUAACACAGACCAUAAGGUGUGUACUGUACAUUUCACCAAACAAUAAAUCUUAUACAAAUCA